AUGAAAGGAGUCGACCAGGAAUUGGCGAAGCUCCGAAAAAUCGUCGAGGAGCUUUCGACGAAGAAGCAUAAGCGGAGCAAGAAGGAACGAACGAUCCAAGUCAUGAAGGUAACCGAUUCGGAGAUGGAGGCAGAAGAAAUCGACAAGAAGGACAAGUUGGCGAAAAGGAAGCAGCAAGGAGGAUCCGGAGAAAUCUCCCCUCCCUACAAGCGGAAUACGAACGGGAACGAUUCGGAAUUAAUGUCGGGUAGCAACUACGAAUCGACGGGAGCUAUUGGUGGCGAGCCAUCAGUUCCAGUACUACCGUCGUCGAACACAGAACCAAAUUCAUCCAAAAUGACCGGCCGUGGCAAGGGAGGCAAAGGACUCGGAAAAGGAGGCGCCAAGCGUCAUCGCAAGGUUUUGCGUGAUAACAUCCAGGGUAUCACCAAGCCCGCAAUCCGUCGUCUGGCUCGUCGUGGAGGAGUCAAGCGUAUCUCCGGACUUAUCUACGAGGAAACUCGUGGUGUGUUGAAGGUGUUCCUGGAAAACGUCAUCCGUGAUGCCGUUACCUACACUGAACACGCCAAGCGUAAAACCGUUACCGCUAUGGAUGUUGUCUACGCUCUGAAGCGUCAGGGACGCACCCUGUACGGUUUCGGAGGUUAAAUCGCAUUCCAAAGUUUCGCUCUUCAAACGGCCCUUUUCAGGGCCAC